AUGAACAUCAAUAAAGGAUGGCUGGAGUUAGAAAGUGAUCCGGGUCUAUUCACUCUGCUUCUAGAAGAUUUCGGGGUGAAUGGAGUGCAAGUAGAAGAAAUUUACGACCUACAAAAGAGCAUCGAGGGCCCAGUUUAUGGUUUCAUCUUCUUGUUCAGAUGGAUCGAAGAACGCCGAUCAAGACGAAAAACCAGCACAGAAGUCGAUUCAUUUGUGAAAGAAGAAGAAAUUGUCAACAGUAUUUUCUUUGCUCAACAAAUUAUUCCUAAUUCUUGUGCCACUCACGCCUUACUGAGUGUUUUAUUGAACAGUAAUAAGGUGUCACUGGGAGAAAACCUAAAUGCUUUGAAAGAAUUCUCUCAUAAGAUGAACCCAGAAGAUAAAGGCCUAGCUAUCGGAAAUAUUCCAGCUUUAGCCCGAGCUCACAACAGUCAUGCUAGACCAGAACCAAAACAUCUUCCUGAGAAACAGGCAGGUCUAUCAACUGUCAAAACUGGAGAGGCUUUUCAUUUUGUAAGUUACGUACCUAUAAAUGGACGGUUAUUUGAACUGGAUGGUUUGAAGCCGUAUCCUAUUGAUCAUGGACCAUGGGAGAAGGAUGAAGCAUGGACGGAGAAGUUCCGAAGAGUGAUAACAGACCGACUGGGAAUGGCUACAGGAGGGGAACCAAAUAACGACAUUCGUUUCAAUCUUAUGGCUGUGGUUCCAGAAAAACGCCUCGUUUAUGAAAACAAAUUGAAAACUUUGAAGACCAACAGACGAAUUGUAUUUGAAACUUUAGAACAAAUGGUAAAAGUGAGCCAGACUCAGAAAGAUGAAUCGAAUUAUAAAGACGUGUCUAGUACGGAAUCAUCUCCAGUUAAAAUUAAAACAGAACCUAGUACAAGUACAAGUGUUACAACUGUUGAAGGUGAAGUACCACCAGGUGAAUCAAGUCCUACUGAUUCUGAAAUCACAUCGGAAGCCGUUAAAACAUACGACCCAACUUCUCAAUCUCCUGUUAAAGAAAAAGUGAAAAUUCAAAUUUCUGUUUCUGAUGAAAAAGAUGGGAAUAUUACUAACACUAUACCACGAACAGUUUCAUUAACAGAUGUUACGAAACCACUCACCAUUGAAACCAAAUUUUCCUGUCUAUCUGGACCAGGAUCAGAAAGUACAGACACUGCCUCUGAAGCAGGAAGUGGAUUCAGUUCUCCAGGAAGUUUCCAUAUUCCUUCGUGUCAGUGUAGUCCGCAAGCUGAUGUCAUUUCUACUGGCGGUGAAACUGUAACCACUGAUUUAUCUCAAACAGAAGAAAAGAUGGACACAACAGAAUCAAAAUCUCCUGUAAAACUCAAACAUAAAUCAAGUCAUAGUGGUUUCACGCCUAAAGAUUUAGUUUCUUUGUUAAAAAAUGUAGAAAGAGAAAUUAGUGUGUGUGAAAAUAAUCUGAAAGAAGAAAAUGAAAAACGUCGAAAAUAUAAAAUUGAUGAUUGUCGAAGAACUCAUAAUUAUGAUGAAUUUAUAACACUGUUUUUAUCUAUGUUAGCUGAACAAGGAUUAUUACAUAGUUUAGUUGAAGAUCACGUUAAUAAUAAAAAACGAACAAACGUCGGCCGUCUUCAAUCAAAAUCACUGAGUACAGAUAAACGAAAGAAAACAAAAACUCGUAGGAAACGAUCUUGA